CAUCCGCGCGUGCUGGGCAGACAUGCUGGACGUGCUGAUCGUUGGUGGGGGUCCCCAUGCCCUGACCCUGGCCACUCUCCUCACCCACCCGCACCACCCCAUCCCACCACUGGAUGGCGCCAUCCUGGACGGCGUCCAGCUGAGCACAGCCCAGCCACGGACCACUCGGACCAGUCGGACCAGGAAGAGGAGACCCGCCGGUCAAGCAAAGUCGGAGGAGGCUGCGGUGGCCAGCGUGGAGCGUGAGUGUGUGUCCGGCGCGGAGCCUGAGUGUGUGUCCGGCGUGGAGCGUGAGUGUGUGUCCGGCGUGGAGCGUGAGUGUGUGUCCGGCGCGGAGCCUGAGUGUGUGUCCGGCGUGGAGCGUGAGUGUGUGUCCGGCGUGGAGCGUGAGUGUGUGUCCGGCGUGGAGCGUGAGUGUGUGUCCUGCCCGCCCCUGCAGCUGAGGGUGCUGGACGCGUACGGCCGGUGGGCGUGUCUCUGGGAGAGCCAGUUCAGAGCGCUGAACAUCCCGCACCUGCGCUCACACACACUAGUGCACACCGACCCACUCAACAAGAGGGCUUUGCAGGAGUUUGUGGUGGGAAGUGGUCGUGAGGAUGAGCUGCAUGGUCUCCCCGAGCGCAUCUACAUCCAGGAUGAGAACGCCUUCUUCAACGACAACCGCCUGGGCAAGAGGGACAAGCAGCUGCUCAACAGCUCCGGCUCAGGCCAGCAGAGGGCGCUGUGCUUCAGCCUCCCCGGGACCCAGCUCAGCGUCGACUUCUUCAGGGAGCAGGUCCGUAAAUACAAUCUGGACAGUGUGCUGGUCAAAGGGACCGUGGAUAGGAUCGUCCCGGUGCUGUCCGGUAAGGAAGUGCUCUACUUCCGUGUGCUGACCCGGAGCGGGGACACCCUGGAGGCCAAGAGGGUGGUCAUGGCAACGGGACCCACUCGAUCCCAGAUGGCCAACAUUCCAGCGUGGGUGUCGGCGGUGGGCGAGAGCUUCCCCGAGGAGAGCCUGCAGCACUCGGUCCAGCUCAUGCACCACUUCCCCCUCCUCCAGCAGCACCAACACACCUGUCCACAGCAGAGCCCCACGCACCAACACACCUGUCCACAGCAGAGCCCCACACAACAACACACCUGUCCACAGCAGAGCCCCACGCAGGAACACACCUGUCCAGAGCAGAGCCCCACGAACCAACACACCUGUCCAGAGCAGAGCCCCACACAACAACACACCUGUCCACAGCAGAGCCCCACGCACCAACACACCUGUCCAGAGCAGAGCCCCACACAACAACACACCUGUCCACAGCAGAGCCCCACGCACCAACACACCUGUCCACAGCAGAGCCCCACGCAGGAACACACCUGUCCAGCACCCCCAGGUCCGCCCCCCGUGUGCCACCCAGGACAGAGGCUGAUGGUGAUUGGUGGAGGGCUGACCAGCGCUCACAUUGUCUCCAUGGCGCUGCAGCAGGGAGCAAGUCAUGUCACCUGGGUGAUGCGCAAACACUUACAGCUGAAGCAGUUUGACGUGGGCGACGUGGAGAGCCUGGUGGGGCGCUAUGCCCACGUGGAGCACGGCAUCAAGAUGGACGGCCUGGCCUUCCUGCGCCAGUUCUACAGCGAGCGCAGCCUCACCAGACGCCUCGCCAUGAUCCACCAGGCCAGGAAGGGGGGAGCGGUCACUCCCGAGGCCUACGCACAGCUGCAGCCACACAUACACACCGGACAACUCACCAUCAGAGCCUACUGCCAGGUGUCCCAGGCAGAGUGGUGCUACCAGAGCCAGAGGUGGAGGCUGGGCCUCAGCGGAGGGGAGCGCUGGACAGGGGACAGGAUCUGGCUGGCCACGGGCUGCAAGCUGGACGUGAGCCAAGACCCACUGCUGUCUGACACCAUGAAGCACUUUCCUAUACAGGUCAUUGACGGCUGGCCGUGUAUUCUGGAGAAUCUGCAGUGGGCUGCUGGAUGUCCACUCUACCUCAUGGGCCAGUACUCUGCACUGCAGAUCGGUCCUCAUGCCGUGAAUCUAGCAGGUGGACAAGCAGCGAGUCUCCGGAUAGCGAAGGACAUCAUCAGCCAACACAGCGGAGUGAAGCCAUCAAAUACAGCACCUCGGAAAAUCGAGAAGGCGCGAACAGACGACUACAUCAUGAACAUGCAUGGCUUGAUGUGGCUCUGACGCGCAGUCACAAUGACUCAGCAUUUUCUCUGGCAGACAAUGUUAGACAUGUCAUAGUCUUUUCAAAAUAAUGUCAUGAGGCAGAUAUAUUUCCAAAUAAAUAAUUUCCAAAGGAAUACGAUAGGUUGUGUUUGUUUAGACUUUUUUUUCGUCCUGUGUUUCCUGGAUGGACUU